CAUGAAUGCAAGUUUCGAACCCAAAUUAAUUUUUGUAAAAAACCCGUCUUCUAUUUCCUUUAUUUAUUCCAAAUUAUAAAGAACUUGGCAAAGGAAAGGAACCUCUGUUCCCUCAGUCUUUUAUUGUAAUACUCACGGUUCAUUAUAGCAAAAGCAACGCAACAAUUGUGUUUACCUUCCUGCUUUAGCAAGUGUCUUUUAUUAGUACUUGUCGUAUCUCUUUUUAUCUGCCAUAUUCUUCAUUUAAAGCGCGUGAAGUUUUUGUACACUCAAUAAUCACUCUCGAAGUCUCGAUGCAUGCGUCGUUUCUUUCCAUUAUAAAUUGUUCUUAAGCCUGACCCUGAGUCUGUAUUGUAAUCAUCAUCGUUCGUCAUAGCAAAAGCAAAGCAAUAAUUGGGUUAUUCCUGUUUUAUCAGGUCUCUUUUUUCAUUACUUGUCGUUUCUCUUUUUAUCUGCCAAAUUCUUAGUUUGAUCCAACGCUUUUUUAGACAUGGCUUCCUCUUUACCAUCGAAAGAUUUUCAAGCGGGAGGAGUUGAUGAUGUAGGAAGACCUACGCCUACUGACCAAAAUGUUCUGCAAAAACAUGUUGCAUUCUUUGACAGAAACCAUGAUGGUCUUGUUUAUCCAUGGGAGACUUUUGAAGGAUUUCGAGCAAUUGGUGCUGGUUAUUUCUUGUCUAUGAUCGGUGCCUUCUUCAUCAACGUUGCUCUCAGUCGCAAAACUCGCCCUGGAAAAUAUCCUUCUCUACUCUUUCCCAUCGAGGUUAAAAAUAUCCAUUUGGCAAAACAUGGGAGUGACUCUGGUGUAUAUGACAGUCAGGGAAGGUUUGUAUCCUUGAAGUUUGAAGAAAUCUUCAGCAAAUUCGCUCGUACGCAUUCCAGUGCCUUAACAUCUGAUGAACUGAUGGCAAUGCUCAAGGCUAACAGGGAACCACAGGAUUACAAAGGAUGGCUUACUAGCUGGACGGAAUGGAUGACAUUAUACAAUCUUUGCAAGGACAACCGUGGAUUACUAAGGAAAGAAACGAUUAAAGCUGUUUAUGAUGGAAGCCUGUUUGAACAUAUGGAGAGGGAAAGAGCAUCUGCCAAAAAGAAAGCGAAUUGAAGAAUGAGUUAUAGUGGGAUUCUUUGUGAUGCAGUUGGAUGUAAAGAAAAUGCUUACUCGUAUGGUGGGUAUGGUCUGCUCGGCCUCAAACGGGUUGGGAAGAUAUGAUUCGUGGAUUUGUAAUUUAACUAUUUUUUGGGUUCUUUGUUUAGAUUAGUAGAAAGAAAUAAUGUAUCUUCUUGUUGAUGCUUCAGAGAUUUUAUUUAUCAUAUAUAACCAUGAAUUACCAUUGUCCAAUUUAUAUCAAUUUGUUGCUAUGCUUGGAU